GCAUCAUUCUUUGUGUAUUUAUACUUAAAGACGUGAAUUGACAAGGGAGACAGAUUUAGAUUUUUCAUAACUUCUUGUAUUAAAGUUUCGAUAGGUUAUGGCUUCUGGAGCAGGGAAAUCAGCAGCACUCCUCUUCUUGGUUACUAAUCUCAUACUUUAUCUGGUUGUCAUCAUUCUUGCAGCAUGGGAUGUAGAUCAUGCAAUGGAAAAAACCCACGAAACAGCCUCUGUUCUUACAAUUCCUGCGCGAAUAUUUCCAAUAUACUUCCCAAAGGGCAACAUGGCAACAGGGUUCUUUGUAAUAUUUAGUCUAAUUGCUGGUGUCGUCGGAUUCAUGAAUUCAGUUACAGGAAUUUAUAAUGUCAUGGCAUGGAAUCCCUCCAGCUUACAUGCAGCUGCUGCAUCAUCCCUCGCAACUUGGACACUCACUUUACUAUCCAUGGGACUGGCAUGCAAAGAGAUCAAUAUUGGCUAUGCAGAUUCAAGCCUGCGAGCACUGGAGAUAAUCGUGAUAAUACUGAGUGGGAGUCAGUUGAUUUGCCUGGGUGCAAUCAAUGCCGGGGUUCAAGAAGUUGAGAAUGAAAAGGCAUACACUGGAAGAGUUUAAACUACCAAAUCAUUAUCAGGAUUCUUACAUAUUCAUGUAACAUUUGUUCAUUACAUAGUAACUACCUGAGUGCUUGAUUUUCUUUCUGGUGUUUAAAUGCAUGAUGAUAUUUCUUGCUCUUCA